AUGGAUGGUAUUGGAGCUAGAAAUUCUAGCUUUGAUGUGAAUUAUAGCAUUACAUGGGGAAAUGAUCAUGUUUUGCCUCUAAACCAGGGAAGAGAAAUCCAGCUUUCCAUGGAUAAAUUUUCAGGAGCUGGGUUUGGGUCAAAGCUAAGCUAUGGAUCUGGAUUCUUCCAUUUGAGGAUAAAGCUACCAGACAAGGACUCUGCAGGAGUUGUUACUGCUUUCUAUCUAACCUCACACUUGGAUAACCACGAUGAACUAGACUUCGAGUUCUUGGGUAAUCGAGAAGGAAAACCUUACACAUUACAGACUAAUGUGUUCUCAAAUGGGCAAGGGAAUAGAGAGCAAAGAACCCUUCUCUGGUUUGAUCCAACUGCAGAUUAUCAUACUUAUAAGAUUCUCUGGAACCAACAUCAAAUAGUGUUUUAUGUGGACAACAUCCCCGUUAGGGUAUUCAAGAACAACACAAAGAUUGGGGUUAGCUACCCUACACAGGCAAUGCAACUAGAAGUAAGCUUGUGGAAUGGGGAUAGUUGGGCAACAGAUGGAGGCCAAACAAAGACUAAUUGGUCCUAUGCACCAUUUAAAGCCAAUUUCGAAGGUUUUGACAUUGGUGGUUGCUCCAAUAAUAAUAAUGUUGAGAAUUGUUAUUCCGAAAACUAUUGGUGGAAUAGAGAGAAGUACUGGAAAUUAGAGACUACUGAACAAAGUGCACACGAGGGUGUGAGAAACAAGUAUAUGACUUAUGACUACUGUUCUGAUAGGCCUAGAUUUCCUGUUCCUCCUCCAGAAUGCCUUCAAUCAUAAUCAUAUACUUUAUGAAUAAUGAAUAAUAUACUGUAACCGUGAAGAUUGAAGA